CGGAGUCCGGUGUCGUCAACCCCGGCCGGCCGGCCGACCCUGACUCCCGAGUCCGGUACGGCACGGCUGCGGUCACUGUGAGGGUCACCUGUCUCGGCGGGAAGGCGGAGACGGCCGCCGGCGACGGAGACGCUCACCGCAGCUCACUGCAGCUCACUGUCGCGCCGCCACUGCUCUGCCGGGCUGCAGAAUGGCUCGACUGCUCUGCACAGCGCUCCUCGCUACCGUCCUGCUUCGGACCACCGCGCAGGGCACCCGAGUAAGGCAGGAGCCACCGUCUGCUAGCACACAGGGCCGGAGUGCACUGCUGAAUGACCUCAGUGCCGUGCCAAUCGAGGACUCCCACGAUGCUUUCGAGUCGGACCUGAGGACUGCUGAGGAGCUCGGAAUCGAUGAGCUCACUCAGACUCGUGGCUCUCUGACUCGGAUCACAUUCGGACUCGACGCCGCUCCCGGAGAAAUUCCCUGGAUCGCAGCCAUCGUGUUGCGCGACCAGGACUUCGUGUUCUGUUCAGCCACGGUGAUCUCCGAGUUCUGGCUGCUUACGGCUGCUCACUGCAUCAGACCGUAUAAAGCCAGCGAGCUGGACGUCCUCGUUGGGAAGUACAGCCGAGAUGCCGACCCGAACGAGGUACGACGUCAGGUCACCGACAUCAGGAUACACCCGCAAAACGUGCCCUUCAUCUAUCUGUAUGACGUGGCACUACUCAGAGUGCAGCAGUCGCUGGUUCCAGCUGCUCAGAUCGUCGACCUGCCUGUCUCUGGGUGCACUAUCACUGAUCCGGCGACCUGUCUGGUGGGCCGAACAGGACUGGUGGCCGGGUGGGGCCUUCUGCAGGGAGACACCUUUGAACUGCCUACCGUGCUUCAGAAGGGAGAAAUACCGAUAAUUGACAACCGGAACUGCGCCCGGCGCUUUGGCCGUCUGCAGCCACCACCACAGAUUUACGACUCCAUGUUGUGCGCUGGAGACGAGUUCGACAGUGUCGACACCUGCCAGGGUGACAGUGGCGGGCCCCUGCUGGUGGCCUCUGACAGUGGCUCCUACACGCUCGAGGGUGUCGUCAGCUUCGGCUACGGCUGCGGCAGGCCCGGAUACUACGGCGUCUAUCAGCGCGUCGCCUCCGUCACUUCCUGGAUCGCGGCUGAGAUGGCCUCGUAGACCCGUGGCCCGGCGGUACUUCACGGUGGAACACUGCCCACCGGCUGCACCGUCCAAUCGAAGCACCGCCACGCACCCUGAUACGGAUGGAGAACGUCAGAGCUUGACGGGCCGACUCCGUCAGACGGCUACGGUGGGCCUCAGCGGUGCUGGACAGCCGAAAUUGGCGGUCUGAAGCCGCUCGAGGAAGAGUUGCUCCAGUUAGUGGUUAGAGCGGAGCGGAAGGAAGUACUGGUUGGUGAUGUGAGACAAGGGUCAGUUGUAAGUGGCGCCUGGCGGCAUGAUGGUCUUUAUUUCUGUACACUGUUAUAGGUAUUCUCUGUACUGCCAAAAUGGUGUGAUGGUAUACGCUGCGCUACGUUUAGAUAGUCAAUCAUUAAUCCAGUCGACGUAGCUCGUUGUGAUAAAUGAUAGGUAACAUCAGUUUAUUUUACUGUCGCAUUUGUAUAGCACCGCAUUCGAUGUAACUGUGUUUAAGGGCAUAACAGAACUAACUCGGAGCAGACAUUGUAUAAUGUGCCUUAAGAGCUCCUGAGUGAUGAACCUAUUGCUUUUAAUGAAUGCAGUUUUUACUGAAAGGCUAACCCAGUCUGUCAAGGCAUUCGUCUCAUAUGCUUUUAAGAUCGAACUAAUGUAAGACACUGCAAACUUCGGUAUCAACAGCAAAACGCCGUGACGUCGAGAGCCUAUUCAGUCGGCAUUCUCGUAUUGCCACUACUUUUAGAAACAUCUCGGUAGCUAAAUGUAAAAUAACUAAAGCAACCUACAUGCGUCAUCGCGUGGCGGCUAUAUAACAUUUUGAUAUAGCUAUUGGCUUGUGUAUGGAAUAAAAACAUUCAUAUAAAAUCUUCCAGAGUGGCAUGGACAUCUUAUAUAACCUUGGUACGACGGGUCGGCUUUUAGGAGAUCCGUAUCACAAGUUUUCUGGCAUUGACCACGACGUAGGUAUAGCAUACAAAAACAGGUGAAUAUGGACCAUGGACGCCCGAGUGGCUUAUAUAAAAGGUUUGAUUGAAUGUCUGUGCGAUUCGAUAUCGGGUUCGAGCUGAAGUGCACGCUAUAUGGGCAGCUACCAUGCAUCUCAUCGUCUGAACACUUCAGUACAAGACAAGUGCACUGAUGAGUGAUGAGUGAUGACAAACUAUUUUUUUUUUUUUGCAAAAUGACAGCGCAUAAUUUUUUAUUAGGACUUGAGACUUCGGUUAUAAAUUAUUAUCGAAUAGUUCACUGUCUUUCUCGGCGGAAAAUAAACAGGAAAGCUGGUUUCAGAAAAAUAUACCUUACCAUCUCA